AUGCGGUGCUGUGUGCCGUCGUGUAAGAACGACUCAAAGCACAUAUCCAAAUCUCAAGGAAUAACUUUUCACGUCUUCCCAUCGGAACCAAACCUCCGUGCCUCGUGGUUGAAAGCAGUUGGAAAGGACUCGUGGUCGCCGCGAGACAGGAGCACUGUCUGUUCAGAACAUUUCUCACCAAGUGAUUUAUAUGAGACUAAGAGUGGUCUGAAAAAGGUUAAGACUGGUGCCAUUCCUAUAUGUACGCAGGUAAUUCACAAAAAUGUUAAUUUGUUUCAGGUAUGCAGAAUAUGUCUCGCCGUGGAUUUACAUCUACACCCCAUGAGUAUGUGUAAAUUGGAAAAAGCCUAUGAGAACCUAACUGGAAUCACGUUAUCUAAUGAAGAUGAGUUACCACAGAAGCUGUGCACAGAAUGUGCUAGAAGGUUACUGAAUAGUGAUAAAUUACGAAGCAGAAGUCUAAGGGCCAAUUCGUUGCUGCAAGAAAUAGUUAAGAAGCAGAAGAUUAUAACAGUACAGAGUAUCGCUGCAAUCAAUCGUGAGGACAACCAUCUAGCUUCGGUUUUGACUAAAAAGUUAUUUGAACCCGAACACUAUGAUUCUUACAUAGAAUACAAUGAAGCACAAGACGAACAAACGGACAAAACUCCGAUACAGGAAAUAGAAGAUAUUAAAAGCGAGAAGAAUGAAGAAAUAUUCAUUAAUGAAAUAUACACCGAGAGUAAUAAUGAUGUAAUUAAUGAAAAUAAUGAUAAUGAUUUCGUUGUAACAAAUUACUCGUCAGACGACAGUUUACCUCUAGAAACUCAGAGGAAGAAAGUCAAAAAGAUCAAGACGAAGGAAAAGAAGAGAAAAAAGGUUGAAAAGAUUCAGAACGAACCGAAGAUAGAUAGACGGAGAAAACCCUUCCUGAAUGAUGAUUUGAAUGAAACACUGUUUACUAUAACUGACUUGACGUUUGAAGAACAAGUUGCAGAGAUAAAUAAGAGGCGGGAGACAUCAAAUUAUAAGAAUUCUAUGUACAAAUGUACGGCUUGCUUCAAAGGAUUCUUAGAUGAAACGGCGUAUAACGGACAUAUGACAAGACACACUAACCAAUGCGGCGAGUACGAGUGCGACAUCUGCAAGACCCACUUCAAGCACCCGCACGCGCUGCGGAAGCACAUCACGGCGCACCACACGCAGCGCUUCAGCUGCAACCGCUGCGUCUACGUCACCACGCACAGACAGACGGCGAGACUACACGAGAGGUGGCACAAAGGCACCAAAUAUCAGUGUCCUCACUGUCAAGAUGAGUUUGUAAAGUUCACGACGUACAUGGGUCAUAUUCGGAUCAAGCAUCCCUCAGACUUUGUGUGCGGCCUGUGCGGGUACUCCUUCGUGAGCGAGAAGGGCAUCGAGCUGCACAAGAAACUCAAGCAUCGCCUGCACGACGGAGUGAUCCCCGACGACGGCCCGCUCUGUGAGUUGUGCAACGUAAGGUUCGUCUCUCAAGAAGCAUACAGGAGACACCUGCACGUCUCCGCGAGGCAUAACAGCAGCGACUCGGACUCGAAGGAAUUGAACAAAUCGAGAAAACGAACUCGUGCAGUCAGAGAGAAGAAGCAAGACACUGAAAAUACAGAUGAUGACGAAAGAAAGAAGUUAUACCCCAGUCAGAUGAGGAAAGCUGAAGGGCCCAUACCUUGUGAACAGUGUGGCCUCCAACUGGAAGAUUCCCGAGCAUAUCAUGGCCACUUCCGGCGAAUGCAUCCGGACAAGAACCGCACCAACUACCCUUCGAUGAAGUCACCCUGCAUGUGUGAAGUGUGCGGACGAAUGUUUCAAAGCUACGCGCUGUUGAAGGAUCACCGCUGGACACACACCGGCGAGCGACCUUUCGCGUGCGAUGCGUGCGGGAAGCGGUUCCGCAUGCGGCAGCGGCUCGUGGCGCACCGCCGUGUGCACGCGCCGCGCAGGCAGUACGCGUGCGCGCUCUGCGGGAAGGCGUUCAGCACGCACAGCAACCGACAGCGACACAUGUUCAUCCACACAGGGCUGAAGCCGUUCAAAUGCGAGAUGUGCGGCAAGUGCUUCAAGCACGCGAGUGAGAAACGGGCCCAUAUAACAUACGUACACUUGAAGAAGCCCUGGCCGAAGAGGGCAAGGGGCAAGCGACGGGCGGACAGGCCCGGUCAACUAAUGGGUCAAGAUUCAUUGGCAGGAGCGAGUGAAAUGGACAUCCCUCAACCAAUGUGGACCAACUGCGACCCCAAGAUUGGAGACAUCAACAACAUAAUAGAUGACAAGCCUAUUUAUUAUAACCUUAAAAUAUAAUGUUUAGAUUGAGCGUCACUCGACGCGAAUGA